UCUCGCGAGAGGUUGCGACUGCUAUUGAUGCGCUUGCGCAGAACAGCAGCCGAGAAAAAAUGGCUGUGUCCCGGUUUUGCAGACUGAACUUGUCGAAAAAUCUUCAAAUUUCCGUUUCACACAGAAAUCCCAGAUUUCCAGGAGCAGGAAACAGUUCCCUUAUAGUUUAUUUCAGAAGUUUAUCACAUUUUAGGGCUCCAGCAUGUGGAUGUCAAGCCGUUUUAACGGGCAGAAUAGCACAACAGUGGUUACGGACAACAGAAGGGUUCCACACUUCCUCAGUUUGUACACAGAGAAAAGACUUUUACAAAAUUUUAGGAGUUUCCAAAAAUGCAUCACAAAAAGAUAUCAAGAAGGCCUACUAUCAGUUGGCCAAGAAGUGGCAUCCAGACACAAACAAGGAUGCUGACGCUGGGAAGAAGUUCGCAGAAGUUGCAGAAGCAUAUGAGAUAUUAGGGGAUGAUCAGAAGAGACGGGAAUACGACACGUUCGGUUCGACGGGUGCGUUUGGCGGAGCGGGUGCCAGUACGGGCCAGGGCUUCUCCCAGAGCCAGUGGUCGACAAACAUCGACCCUGAGGAACUCUUCCGCAGGGUCUUCAGCGAAUUCUCCAAUGCAGGAAGGGGAGGUUUCCAGGGGUUCGAUUUUGAGUCACAGUUCGAGCAACCACAAGAGUUUGUUAUGGACCUGACGUUUACCCAGGCUUGUAGAGGAGUGAACAAGGAGCUCAACUUCACCAUGAUGGACAGCUGUCCCAGAUGUAAGGGAAACAAGGCUGAGCCAGGGACGAAGAUCACACGCUGUCAGUACUGCCAUGGCACUGGUCAGGAAACCAUCAAUACUGGUCCCUUCAUGAUGCGCUCGACCUGCCGGCGGUGCCGAGGCCAGGGCACCAUCUACUCAACCCCCUGUAUACUGUGCAGAGGACAGGGCAAGACUCAACAGAAGAAGUCAGUCAUGGUGCCUGUACCAGCAGGUGUUGAAGAUGGACAGACUGUGAGAAUGCCCAUGGGAAGUAAGGAGCUCUUCAUCACAUUCAGGGUUGCGAGGAGUGACUACUUCCGCAGGGAAGGCGCAGACAUCCACACUGACGCUGCCAUCUCCAUUGCUCAGGCCAUUCUCGGAGGAAACAUGCGCAUCAAGGGCAUAUAUGACAACGUCACCAUCGAUAUCCCACGUGGAACCCAGUCCCACACACGGCUCCGACUACCAGGGAAGGGUAUCAAACGUGUGCAGGGGUAUGGCUAUGGUGACCACUAUGUCCACAUCAAGAUCAAGGUCCCAGAUUCCUUGUCAGCAAAGCAGAAGGCCCUGGUCAUGGCAUAUGCAGAGGAGGAAAGAGAUGUAGAUGGCACAGUGCAGGGCAUCACAAACACUCAAGAUGUGGAGAAAACCCGAGUUCAGGAUAACGUUGGGGAUACAGAGGAGGUAGAGCAGAAACAGGGUGGGGGAUUCCUCAACAAGGUCAAGGACAAGAUUGUGGGGUGGCUGGGCAACUUCCAACGAUAGCAGGAUUUCUUAGAGGUGGGAAGCAGGCUAUAGAAGACGAGGAAGGCCUGCUGGCCAAGGUGAAGUCAGUGCUGUGCGGAGACUGGCUGCCCAAGCGCAAGAUCGGACAGAACUAAGACUUGAAGAACCUGCUGACUGACUCUCCUGUUUACUCUCAGAUGCCACCUUCCUCUUGUACAUGAUAGAACAGCUGCUCUGCUUGAUAAGGCUAUGAUAGGGGGAGGGUUAGACCAGAAAAUUUUCUUCCCUUUCAUCCUAUUGUUUAAUCAGCCCCGUAAAACCCCCAUAGGUGCCUCAAUGUACCAAAUUGUGGUCACUGCACUGGUAAGGAACUGAACAUUGUAUUUACAGUAACCUGUCUCAAAACCAGGCUAUGGGACCGGUGAGGUGAGGUGAGGUGAGGUGAGGUCUCAUCUCAAACAAGAAGUGAAGUAACUCUAUUUCAUAUGUUAGAUACAUGCCAUCUAAGUGUCAAAGAAGGGAGAACUAAUACAAAUGUAAUUUACUUCUGAUUCAUCAGGCCUCAUCUUCUCUGUGUAGUGCUGUAAGUAAGUUUGAUAAUAUAAAAAAUAGUAGUCUGGAUGUUACAACUGUAAAUGGUGUGAGAAAUAAUGUAACAUUGAAAGAUUUGAAUGUACAGAACAUACAUGAUUUUAUUGGUCAAUUGUUGAGUUUGAAACUUGUGUAUAGGUAAAGUGGGUCAAGGAGGUUAAAAAAGAGUGGGAUAACACAGGGUUGAUGAAGUACCAAACUUACUCUCCAAGCAGAGGUUGGUGGGGAAAAUUGUGACCUUUCAUAAUUUUUUUUUUACUGGCCUUCCCACCUCUGCUUGGAGAGUAUACCAAACUGGUGUUUGUGCAUUUUGUACACCAAUGAGAGAGUGCUGUGGGUGCAAAUCGUUGGUCUCUACAGGACUCCAUAGAUUGAUGGUAGAAAUUGGCCAAAUAAACUAGCCAGAGGAGUUAGCCGGCCAGAGGAGUGGAGUGCCAGUAUUGUAUAGGCAAAAGCUUUUGAGUGGAGACAUAGGCCAUAAGUUGCAUGGUUAUGAGACCAACAGACUGGCUGCUUAGUUCUCAGUGUAAAGUGAUUUUCUGACCCUACAAAACUCACUGAAAAACUUCAAUAAACUAGGCUAUUUGGCACAUAUUAUCAGCAGUAGACCAUAAAAAAGCGUUGCAACUUCCAGGCCUUCAGAGGAAAUAUAACCUUCCUGUGAACUGACUCGAACUAGCAAUUACUCUCCAUUUUGCUGAAUUCUUGAAUCCAUACCCCAUAGAAAUUCCUGGUGGAGGCUAGCAACUCACCUCAGUCUCCAACAUUAUCUCUUUGGAAAUGAUGUACUCAAGAAAAACAGCUACAAGUACCAUUAAAACCUUAAACAGUUUGAA